UUACCUCAGCCGGUCCUCCCUGCCACAGGGGGCGCCAUCAAGGUGUGGGAGGUCACGCUUGCCCCGUUGACGAUCGUCGGCGUCCCGAAAGGAGAUGGCGGAGGCGGCAAUGAACAGAGAAAAGAAACCUGCUCCACAGCUCGGAACAAUCACAAGGAUUCUCCAUACAGAUGCCUGACGAGAUGGAGAGUCCUCAGGCUGUUGUAGGCUGUAUCAUUUGCUGCUCUCGAAUCAUGUCGUUGAAUUCUGAAUCACAGGAGGCCCGGGUUCCAAUCAGCAGCUGCAGUCAUGGCCAGGCUUUGAGCCACACAAACCCUAGUCGGUCAUUUCUACUCAUUCUGUUCUAUCUCUUCAUGUUGAAUAUCCGGUUCAGUGAAUCCCUGACAUCACAUGGAGGAAAAGAUUCAGUGAGCACCAUUUCAGAUGCCCCGUGUUGGCAGGUUGAGCAGUUCCUGGUGGCAGAGAGCUGUAAGGAGUGCACACGUUUUGAGGUGAAAACCCGAGAAGCCUGCAGCAGAACAGGAUUUGUGGAAAAGGUCAAUUGCUCAGAGUCCCAGCGAGAGGAAUAUAAAAGCUGCCGCUCCACACUGAUGGAGGAGACUCUAUUCUGGAGAUUCGAAGGGACCAUGUUCACACUAUCUGUCAUCUUCGCUGUACUGGUCAUUCACCGUCAGAGAGCACUAGACAGACUGGCCUCUGAAAAGGUCCGAAGACAAAUCGAAUCAAUUUGACGUGUUUGCUGUCUCAUGUCAAACACUCUGACAGACUGUGGAUGCAACUGAAUACAAACAGGAAAGAACAGAGUGGAGGACUAGAACCAGUACUAUCUAGCAUUCUGUGUAGACCUGCCUCCGAUCCAGUGCAUUCCGACCAAUUCAAUCCAAUCAUCUGUUCAGUCCACGAUCAAAAUACACGACAAUUAUUGCCUCAGCCACCCUUGUGUGGCUCCAUUAGAAAUGAUUCCAUGGUUAAGGUGAUUUGUGUGUGUGUGUGUGUGUGCGCGUGUUUGUUAAACAUGGCCUUCUGUAACAAAGUUGAUGGUUUAGGGUGUAAUUCACCAGCACACACCCUGAACCUGUGAUUACUGAUCCCAAGAAGUGAUUCUCUCAAACCAGGGAAAAUAACCUGCUGCACAGAACAUAAAGAGGCUGAAAUCAAAUGUCACUCUCAGGCUGUGUAGACUGCGGGGUCACACUGACAACUAUUUAGGGCUGAAGUAGCAGAGGGGAGCUUUACCUUCAGUUUAAAAUAGAGAGAACAUUCCUCUAUCUAACCCCAUGCUGUCCCUGUCCUGGGACUGUUUGAUGGGGACAUUGUGGACAAAACUUUACUCCAUAUCAAACCCUGUGCUGUAGAGAGAGCUUCACUGUGUAUCUAGCCCUGUGCUGUCACGGUCCUGUUAAGGUUUGAUGGGGACAGUGUCAGGGGGACCUUUACUGUUGUCGCUAACUCUGUGCUGUGAGUGAAAAUGGGAACAGUGUAGAGUUGCUGUCAUGUAGCCAGUUUCCACUAUGUUUAGUUCCUUGUUACUAAUGUUACUAUCUGGCCUCAGUGAUGCUUGGAGCUCUUUUGUUUCAGUUUAUUUCAGAGACAGGAUGACAUCUCUGCUUACAAAAGCUGAGUAAACACUCUGCUUAAACAGUGAUAGCAGUCUCUGGUUUACCUUCCAGAGGUGGUGGGUACCUGCUGAGGAAAGCAUUUCUGACUUUUUUGGGUGGAGCUGAGAAACAGCAAUGAGACGCAAAUAUCAGUGUAAGCUGUUUGUGGGAACACCAAACUGUAAUGCUAGAAAUUUGUUGGGCACAUUAUAAACUAAAAUAUUUGAGGGGCAAUACAGUACAAGUGGGUGACUUUAAUUUGUAUACGAUUGGAUUCACCGAAUCAGCCCUAAGUGCAGAGGAUGAAUUCCUGGGGUGUGUAUGAGAUGGAGCUGGACGUUGAAGACCCAACUAAGAAUUGAGCUGUCUUGGAUUUAGUGUCGUGUGAUAGGAAAGGGGUUAAUUAACCAUCUUGAUGUAAAAAGACUCUUUGGGAAAUAGUGACCAUAAUAAACGUUUAUAUGAAGUUUC